AUGUUGCGUCGAAGAAGCGAGUUCUUCGUCUUCCUGGACAGCUCGUCUGUGAAACCUGAGCAAGAGGGGCGAAAGCUAAGUCCUUAUCAAGAGUACUUGCAGGUGCUACUCGAGAUGAAAAUGACCAGCACUGAUCAAUUUGACAACUUGGAGAAGCAUACGCAGUGGGGGAUAGAUUUUCUGGAGAAGUACUCGAAAUUUGUCAAGGAGAGGUCUGAGAUUGAAGCCAACUAUGCAAAACAAAUUAGGAGUUUAUCAAAGAAGUACCAACCUAAGAGGAACUCGCGGGAAGAGGAGGAGAGCAAGUACACGUUCUGCCAGGCUUUCCUGACCACACUGAACGAGUUGAACGACUACGCCGGACAACACGAGGUGAUCGCCGAGAACCUGUCGUCGCAGAUCAUCGCCGAACUUUCACGCUACCUGCAGGAUCUGAAGACAGAGAGGAAAUCGCACUUCCACGAUGGCCGCAAAGCACAGCAGCACAUCGAAAGCUCGUGGAAACAGCUGGAGUCGUGCAAAAGGAAAUAUGAGCGGGACUGCAAAGAGGCUGACAAAGCGCAACAGUACUUUGACAAAAUGGACGCCGACAUCAACGUGACGAAGGCCGAUGUGGAAAAGCGAAGUUCCCUCAAGGCACGGCAGCAGGCUCAGGCCAGGCAGCAGAUGGCGGCCGACAGCAAGAGCGAUUACUCGUCCUACCUACAAAAGUUCAACCAAGAGCAGAAUGAGCACUAUUACAACGUCAUACCCAACAUCUUCCAGAAACUCCAAAACAUGGAGGAGAAGCGUAUCGAAAGGCUAGCAGCGUGCAUGACAACAUUCGCUGACGUGGACCGCCAGGUGAUCCCUAUCGUGGGAAAAUGUCUGGACGGCAUGACCAAGGCGGCUGAGUCCAUCCAGGCCAAGGAGGACUCCAAUCAGGUGGUGGAGUCCUACAAGUCUGGCUUUGAACCUCCUGGAGAUGUGGAGUUUGAGGACUACGGCCAGGCCAUGAAGAGGACGGUGUCGGAAAGCAGUUUGAGCAACUCGCGAGGGGAGUCCCGCGAGAGGUCCGCCGUCAAAAGCAAGGGCAAACUCUGGCCCUUCAUCAAGAACAAAAACAAGUUUAUGUCCCUGUUAACGUCCCCCCGCCAGCCCCCGCCGGCCCCCCCGGCCUCAUCCCUGCCCUCACCCUCUGCUGUUCCCAACGACUCCCAAUCUCCUAAGCAGCACAAGGAGCCCCUCUCGCACCGCCUCAACGACUUCAUGGCCUCCAAGCCCAAAAUGCACUGCCUGCGGAGCCUGAGGCGAGGGCACCAAUCGCCGCGCUCGCUCAUUUAUCGCAAAGAGCUCAUGAAGAGGACUCUGGGUCGGCCCACGUACGCUUUUGAAGCCCGGCAGUACGUCCUUUCUCUCAAGCUGAUCACACUCAAUUCCCACGUCAGGAAUCUCAUUGAGGGUUCUGGACCUGAGGACUUCAGCCACCUGCCACCGGAGCAGCGUAGGAAGAAGCUGCAGGGCAAGAUUGACGAUCUCAACAAAGACAUUCAAAAGGAGAUGGACCAGAGGGACGCGCUCACCAAGAUGAAAGACGUUUAUGUGAAGAACCCGCAGAUGGGUGACCCCGCCAGCGUGGACCCCCGGCUGGCUGAGCUGGCGCAAAACAUCGAUAAACUGCGCUUUGAAAUGCAGAAAUUCGAGGGCUGGCUGGCCGAAGUGGAGGAAAGGAUGCCCUCCAAAAGCGACACGCAACGGAGAAGUGUGGUCCUCUACGAUAGCAACAGCAGCACGGCGGUCAACAACAACUGUGCUCAGGACAGAGAGAGGCCCUCGAGCAGCCCGGACGGCAGCUACACGGAGGAGCAGAAUUCCGAGAUUCAUGUCAAGGCCAACAACGCCAACGCCAAGCCGCUCGCAGCCAGCACGCCCGAGUUUGACGACGAGUUCGACGACGAGGAGACGCUGCCUACCAUCGGGAACUGCAAAGCGCUCUACCCUUUUGAUGGCCACAACGAGGGCACCAUCUCGGUGGCCGAGGGCGAGCUGCUUUACGUCAUCGAGGAAGACAAAGGCGACGGCUGGACCCGCGUGCGCCGCAACCAGGACGAGGAGGGCUACGUGCCCACGUCCUACGUGGAGGUCUUUUUGGGGACCAACGCCAAAGGUGCUAUGACCUACAUUUGA